CGGCUCCGGCUCCGGCUCCGGCUUGGGCCUCGCCAGCGCCUUUUCUGGCGGCAAGAAGGGCUUGGCCUACAACUCUGCCAGCCUCGUUACUCCCUUCAUCGGCGCCUCGGGCGUCGGCUGGGCAUACAACUGGGUCUCCGGCUCCGCCGGCCUCGCAUCGGGCAUCCCAUACGUUGCCGAGCUUCACGACAUGACUGAGACGUUCACGUCUGUGUGGAUGGAGCAGGCCCAGGCCGCGAUUGAUGCCGGCACGGAGUAUCUGUUCAGCUUCAACGAGCCCGAUAUUGCGUCGCAGGCCAACCUUUCCCCCGAGGCCGCCGCCGCGGGAUGGAAGCAGUACAUGGAGCCGUUCGCCGGCAAGGCCAAGCUUGUCGCGCCCGCCGUCUCCAACAGCGCCACGCCCGGCCAAGGCCUCUCGUGGCUCUCGGCAUUCAUGGCCGCCUGCGACGGCUGCACCUUUUCCGCCGUCAACCAGCAUUGGUACGACUCGACGAGCAACGACAUCAGCUACUUCCAGCAGCAGAUCUCGCAAGCCGCCAGCCAAUCCGGCCUGCCCGUCUUCGUGGGCGAGUUUGGCUUCAUCGGCGACGACACCGAGAUUGCGUCGGCGCUCACGCAAGCCAUGGCCUGGAUGGACGGCGAGGACAGCGUGGUAGGCUACGCCUACUACUUCCUCAGCGACGGCUUCUUGCUCGAUGGCACUACUCCAAGUCCCUACGGUCUUGCAUACUUGGCGUAGAUGUCGUACGCGUUGGAGAUGGAAUGAUUGGGGUAGAGGGCAGCGGAUGUCUACAGUAGCUGAAGGGAAGCGAUUCUUGGAAGACGUGAUUCUUUGUUUCGUGACCAGCAUUGCAGCAGCUUCUUACGUUUCUUGUAUAUCUAUUCCACAGCGGCAUAUUCAAACGUCGAUGUUUCUGGUAUGGUCAUGUUGCAGCACGUUUCGUCUGGGUGAUUAGAUGAAGCGUAGCGUGAUAAAAGCGUUCGAUAGAUUGUGCGAUGGUGAUGCGGAUGCUUGCAGGCACUAUGUCUUUGUCGUUUUAUUAUUAUACACACAGUGGAGAGGGCAGGUCCAGGCCGGCAUCAGCAGGGAACUUCCCAGCUACCCCCGUGCCCGUCUGCAGCGGCCUCAUUUGCGGGUUGAUGAUUAAGGUUGGAUCCGUGGUUCAAUGCGCAUUGAACCGGCCAACCUCACUAGCAUCCACCGCAGCCAAGCUCGA